UAUUAUUACUGAAUUUUGGAUUUUGCUUUCGGCUUAUUGCAUCACCAAUGCACCUUCUAAUGGUACUGUGUAUGUAAGGACUGGCAGUUAUAAUAUUAACAAAGACGAUCAAUUUGUACAUAACGUGCCAAUCAAGCAAAUGAUUGUUCAUGAAAAAUACGAAGGGGCAAAAACACUGAAAACCCUCGCUUGCUACGACAUCGGUCUGAUCCAAUUAGGAAAACAGCUGGACUUUGAUAAACGAGUGCAGCCCAUCCUAAUGGCGAAAUCCAAAACCUGGUCAUAUGAGAUCAAAUUGGGUGACAAUGUGAUCUUGAGUGGCUGGGGCUCGAUAUCCUACGGUGCUCUAUCUGAUCAUCCGGACAUAAUGCGCACCGUCAAUGCAACUAUUAUUUCCAACAACGAGUGCGAGAAUGCUAUCAAGAAGAUCUGGCCUCAAUUCAGAAUAUCUGAAAUGCAGAUAUGCACGACACCUUUGGACGGGAGCCUCGGAGCGUGUAUUGGUGACAUUGGAGGUCCACUUAUUUACCACGAAAAAGUUGAUGUAAUACCGGUGCUAGUGGGUAUAUCCAAUUGGAACUCGGAGCCCUGCAACAAAAAUGGCUUGCCUCCUGUUUACACAAAAGUUGAAUAUUUUCUAGGUUGGGUCGAGCAGAAGCUGAAAGAGAAUUGUAGUCGACCGUCUGGUUAAAUUAAUCGUAAAUACAUUUAUUUGUAUGGAUGAUGUAUCACAUGUCAGUCGAUAUCCUCUUUCUGUAGCUUCUAAAUAGCUUAACUGACAAACUAAUUUUAGCUGCUUAAUUUUAUACGAUAAAAUAAGUGAUUUGUGCUUUUUUUUUCUUUCGUAACUGAUUUUA